AUGCCAAAGCAGAAAGCCAAAGGAAGGGGUCGGGGCACUGGCCGAGGCGUUUCAAAUGAGAAAGUUCUCCAGUCCCUAACAAGGUUGUCCAUCAACCAUGAGGACUCGCUGAAUACGCUUCAGCAGGAACUGAGCUGGGUCAUGUACCUGACCACCGGUGAGCUGUCCAUCCUACCGAGCAUCUAUGCGGAGAAGUCCAAAGACGCUUCGAAGUUGUCUACUCCGUUCAGAACUCGAGCCAUGAGAGUGGUCUUGGAGCAGACCUUAGAAAGAGUAGAGCAGAUCCAGACCAAAGAAGAAGUGCUAGUGGAUGCGGAGAAAGAGGGUUGGGUGGUGCGUGUGAAGGACACCGAAGCUCCAGCCUUUGUCUACCAGCAGUGGAGCAGUGAGCAAGACAAGACGGUGCAUGACACUGCACGAAGGGCAGUCCUCGCAGAUGACGUCGUUCAAUUGCUCAAAACGUGCUUGGAGGAGCUUGCGCAGCACCCACAGUUGAUCUCUAGGCUCAUGCCCUCACGUCCGAUCGCUGAGAAGAUGACAGGUGGCCCAGUUCGAGUUCACAUCCAGGUCCAACUCCAACAUCUCAAGGGUAAGUUCCAUCAAGCCCUGUCCGGACUCACGGACAAUGCAGUCUGGGCAGCCAUUGAAGGCUCACUAAGGCCAGGGAGCGUUCAGCGUAGUCCAGCAGCUAAGUCGCUUGCAAAGCAGGCUGAUCGAGUGGCACUUUGGGAGCUGGAUACUGCGCUAAGUAAAGCCCAGAAGCUUAUAGAUGCUCAAGCUCGCCUCAUCGAGGAAAUGCAACGGGAUCAGGUCAGACUACAUGGGCAAGUCCGGCAGCUGAAUGCAGAGGUGACUCAGCUCGCUCAGAGUGCCCAGAUCUAUGGUGCUCACAUCGAGCGUCUCUAUCGUCUUUCCGACACCCAAGCUCUCUCUGAACGGAUGGACUACUUGACCUGGACUCUUCAUUACCAAGGCAUCAGAGUCUUGCUACCAGGACCAUCGUCGAGCAGUGUGAGGCCAAGAGCACAGCGGCGGCCUGCUCAGAAUCCGUACUAG